UGUCAGCAAACAUAAACUGGUUGUCUAAAGAUAAUAUAAUAAUAAUACACCGGACCCGCCGUUAUAAACAUUAAAACCUAUAUGACGAUGUGUUUCUGCUUGGAUUUACUCAUGUUUCUCUAAACAACUAUAACUAACUGUGAAGAAGAGCCAUAUCGGUCCUGGACAACCUUUCCGGUUUCUCCCUCCCUCAGGUCACUCCCUCCUCCGGGCUGUCAGCAGCUCUUUACGCGGUUCAAACUUCGCUAAACGUACAAGUUCCGUCGCUGGGCCCAUUUCUGCUGUUUUUAAAAACGAUAAGCGGGUUUUUUUUAAUAGUUUAUUAACAACUGGAUGUUAGGGCGGCUUUCCAACUUGAAGGAGUUGUCGUAUUUUGCUGGCCUACAGAAGGAGCAGCGGGGAGGAGAGAGGGGAAAAUGACCAGCUGAGGACUGGAGGUCUUGAAAACUAACAAGGCCUGCUUUUGUUUUUUUUAUUUAAUGACUGAUCAAUGCUACCACAAUGGCGGUAAAGAGUAUCGGAGGUGGCUGGAUCGAAGCUCAGAACUCAAGAGGGGAGGUUGGCCUAGUGCCUGAAGAUUACAUUGAGCUCAGCAAAGCCUUCCAAGGAACAGCCCCGACUCCCAGUGUAGGAAAUGCUGCCGCCCCGGACCUGUCCUUCUUUGAUGCCUUCGCGCCGUCGUCAGCGCCGUCACAGGUGGAUGCUGGGGCUUCGAGUGCCCCGCCGGACACCCCCGACACCCCAGUUUCCCCCUCCCUCUCAUCCCCCGAGGAGGCUAGUAAUGGGAACGAUCCCUGGUCGGCGUGGAAUGCGGACCCCUCGGGGGGCUCUAACAGCAACUGGGCGUCUAAUCCGGAGGGCACUCAGACUGGGAGGAGCGCUGCAGAUCCCUGGGGUUCUGCAUCGCAGGGCCAUCCUCAGGCUUACCAAGGUCCAGUCAAAGACAUCUACCCCUAUCCUUACCUUAUUGAUUACACAGGGGCCGAGUUUGAUGAGUGGGAUGACGAGUGGGACGACGCCAAGUCCGCUGGCGGCUACGCAGAAUCUGAGUCAGGAGAAGGUGGAGCGAUGCAACGAGGUGGAACGCAUUCAUCGAUGAAAAUAUCCCUCAACAAGUUUCCAGGGUUCUCCAAGUCUGGACCUGAGCUCUACCUUCUUUGUAAACAGAUUGCAAAAGACAAAGAUAAACUGCCAAUUUACGUGGGAGAGGUUGGUCCAGUGUGGUCUUACCCAGAAAAUCAACUGGACUGCGUCGUAGCUGAUCCCAAGAAAGGCUCAAAGAUGUACGGCCUCAAGAGUUACAUCGAGUACCAAAUUACACCCAACACCACAAAUCGCCCAGUCAAUCAUAGAUACAAACAUUUUGAUUGGCUCUACGAGAGGCUCCUGGACAAAUUUGGGUCAGCCAUCCCCAUCCCUUCUUUACCGGAUAAACAGGUGACAGGCCGUUUUGAGGAAGAGUUUAUUAAGAUGCGUAUGGAGCGCUUGCAGGGUUGGAUGACCAGGAUGUGCAGACACCCUGUUGUUUCUAGCAGCGAAGUGUUCCAGCUUUUCCUCUCAUACAAAGAUGAGAAGGACUGGAAGUUCGGGAAGAGAAAAGCAGAGAAAGACGAGACUGUUGGCGUGAUGAUCUUCAACACGAUAGAGCCCGACGCUCCAGAACUGGAUCCGUUAGAAGUGGAGAAGAAAUGCGAGCAGUUCAGCAGGUUUACCAAGGCCAUGGACGACGGCGUGAAGGAAAUCCUCACUGUYGGAAACGAGCACUGGAAGAGAUGCACAGGACCUCUGCCAAAAGAAUACCAGAGAAUAGGGAAAGCCUUACAAAACCUGUCCACUGUUUUCACCAGCAGUGGAUACCAAGGGGAGGCGACUCUCACUGACGCCUUGACAUCGGCGGGGAAAACRUAUGAAGAGAUCGCCCAGUUGGUGGAAGAGCAGCCCAAGAAAGACCUCCACUUCCUCAUGGAGACCAACAAUGAAUAUAAAGGUCUUCUCGGAUGCUUCCCAGACACCAUUGCGGUCCAUAAGGCAGCCAUAGAGAAGGUGAAGGAAGGGGACAAGCUAGUGGCCACUAAUAAAAUCACCCCUCAGGACAAAGGCACCAUGGCCAAACGUCUCAGCACCAUGUCUUACUCCUUACAAGCUGAGAUGAACCACUUCCACAGCAACCGCAUCUACGACUACAACAGGGUCAUGCAGUUGUACCUGGAGGAGCAAGUCAAGUUUUACGAGACGAUCGCUGCCAAGCUGAGAGAAGCGCACAGUCAGUUCACUACAAUGUGAGAGCAGUCUCGCACCAAAAGGCAACAACAUAAAGCAACCCCGAACUUUUUUUUUAUAUAAUUUUUUUUCUUUUGCUUGUGUGUGCUGCCCCUAAUUUAAAUUUCGCUUCCUCUUCUCCUUCUUGCUGACCUCGUCUCUUUUCCUGCACGUCUCUGCUUCACUCUUCGCAGAUCUAUGAACAGGCAGUUGAGCGGGUUUCAGGCUUUGGCACUCGUAGGUUUUAGGAGGACGUGAUUUUUUACAAACACACUUUCCUCCGUCCAAGGUCCGUCGCUUGUAGCACAGGAAGUCAACGUCCUUUUUGCACUUUGAGCAGCCAUGGAUUGUUUUUCACUGCGGGAGUGUCUCCGUGUGAAACGGUUUUUGUCAAAGCUCUGAGUGGAGGCGUCACAUCUGACCACGUUUUAGUAAAACUCCACUGSUUUUCAGUCAUACGUGUAUAAAAAUAAUAACAUAUGUACAUAACCUUGCUAUCUGUGUGGAUAUAUAGUGGCUUUCUGGCGUUAAAAACCAAAGUCACGCUCUGAUUUCCAGGAAGCUAAUCUCUUAACAUUUUAAAGCUUUACCAUCUGUUUAUUUUGGUGUUUUGGCUUCUUUAAACACGUUCAUGUUAAACAACUUUUUGAGUUGAAGCAGAUCUUUCUUUAGCUUUGGAAGAGUAGGAAAAGGCAGAUUGUUGUCCUCUGCAUGUCCACUGCUGGCAGUGCCUAACUCCUUUUGUCCAUGCUGCGCUUCCUCAAAAACUAACAGGAAGCCCCACCUUCUUCCUGCUUUACUCGCAUUUAUGUCUAGUAAGUCUUAUUCUAGCUCCAGCCCUCUCGUUUCUCCCUACAAUCAGACUUUAUGUCAGGAAAAACAAAAAGUGAAGGACGACGAAUCAAGGAUCUGAGAUGUGGCUCAGUUUUAAGUUUUUUUUUUUUUUCUGUUCUUCUUGUGGAAACAAAACAGUUCUUGAAAGUGUUUCUGCAACCGGAGUCAACGGUCCUGGAUUGUGUCACGAAGAAGUUUCUUUUCUUUUCUUUUUCACCAUCGAGUUCUCAAUCAGCUUCUGCAAUCUGUUCACUUUUUUUUUUAAUUUUUUUAUCACUUGUGACAAUAAAAAAAUACAUAAAUUUAUAUAUAUAAGUAUUCUAUUGGACCUGUCAGGUGGUUCUUGUCAGUACAAUAUUUUAUGUAUAGAUUUGCUAUAUAGUGUCAUUGAAUAUGGAGCAAACUUUGAUUUAUUAAACAAUGAUUUGUAUUCAUGGA